UACAUCCUACCUUCCUCAGACCCCACUUGUGGGAUUACACUGGGUAUCUUGUUGUUGUACUUCGAUUUACUAACCUUGUUGUCUAUCGUGUUUCUUUUUUAAUUUGCAAGUAGCAUUUAGGAUCGAACCGUGUAGAGCUCCUUCAAGACGAUAUGGCAGCACUCAAGGAGCAAUUUCACUGGAAACUGUAGAGGAAAUGGCCGUACCGCAUGUUGAUGUUGAAAUUCCGGAGGAAAAAUCCAAAGACACAGUAGAGGAGUUGCUGUACAACAGAGAUGAUGUAUCAAAACUGAUGAAAAUGGAACGCAGGCCCGAUACUGAGGGCCUGGGUAAUCGGGACCGUUGGUUUCCGUAUUUCGAUAAAGUUAAGGCGGGAAAUGUGUAUUUGAGUAGUUCGGAGAUAUUGGAAGCAGUGAGUCCUUAUAUAAUGGAUUCAAGGAAAGAGAGGUUUCGCCAUGCUGUAAAGAAUCGGACAUAUUCAGUAUGUUUAGUGGUUGAAGGUUUGAGUGAUUUUGGCAACGUUUCAGCUGCAUUUCGCUCUGCUGAUGCGCUGGGCAUUCAGUCAGUCCAUGUUGUAGCUUGUGACAGUUCGAAAAGGUACAGGGAGAAUCGCCAUGUCAGCAUGGGAGCUGAGAAAUGGUUGGAUAUCGAACUAUGGGAUUCUGUUCAUGAGUGUUUCAAAGUUUUGAAAUCACGUGGUUAUCGCAUUGCAACAACACAUCUUGGAAUGGACACGGUUUCUGUGUAUGAUAUGGACUGGUCAUGCCCAACUGCAAUUGUUGUGGGAAAUGAACUUAGGGGAAUAAGUGACGAGGCUCUUGAAUCAUCAGACUUGCACUGCAGUAUUCCAAUGAAAGGCAUGGUAGAUUCAUUCAAUGUUUCUGUUGCGGCUGGCCUUCUUAUGCACCAUGCUGUCUGUGACAGAACUUCUCGCUUGGGAUGCCAUGGGGAUCUAACUAGCGAGGAACGUCAAAUCUUGCUAGCAGAGUUUUCUUUGCGCCACAACGAUACUGCAAUUAGAAUUGCUCAUGAAUAUUCAAAACGAAAGAUAGCUGAGCUUAAAUCCAAGCUUUGAGUAAGUGGUCAAAGUAGUUUUCAGAUGGAAGGUGUGCCUAUUGGCACGUAGCACCAGGUACUUCCCACCAAAAGUAAUGAACUAUAUUAUUAGCAUCUUUUUUCAUAUAUGAUUAUGUUUGUCAUUUCAUGUGUUUAGAUUUUGAAUGACUGUCGAUUUUUGUUUUUAAUUAUUGUUAGGUCCUCCAUGUAUAUGCCCAGACAUUUGACACAACCGAGCAGCUGAGCAUUUCCAUUUUGUUCUGAUGCAGCUUAGUGUAUAGCUUUUACUUUUGUACUUGUUUCUUCUUUCACUGAAAAGCCAUUUUUUAAGGAUUAAUGGUUUGUUAUAUUUGUUGACUUCUUAGAGAAAAUAGCUUACAAAAACGUUGAGGAUUUUGUUGCAAGUUUGCUUUGCUUAGUUAUCUUUCUUGGAUUCGCUUUCUCA